AUGACUUGCAAAAAAGCUCGUAAAUUUUGUAAUAGGAAUUCUUUUACAUACGGAAAUCACAAUAAGUUUAACGCAAUAAUGUAUAUGUUAACCCAUUAUAGACGCGAUUUAAAAAAGGAUUUGAUAAUUAAGCAAGUGACAAUGACGAUAUUAAUAAAUUUAUUCGGCAAACUCGUUUUUAAAGCUGUAUGGACUGAAGGAUAUAUCACGGAAUUCAAUAGAAAGAAGGAUAAAUGGAUGAGAAAGCCGUGA